CAUACCGAAGACAACAAAAUUCAUUUUCUGUAAGAUGCGAAUUUCGUGCACCGUACAUGUCGGGUUCGUUAGCACCAGAAUCUUUCAGUCAAGGGUUAGUGAAUCGAAGAUGAGCGUUACUUGUUAAUAAUCAAAUAUUACGGGCAACUUAUGUAUACUGGCUCAUAUUGUGCAUUAUAUAUACAAUUAUUAAUACAAAAAUAUAUUAAAGAUGAGUAAAAAGUCAGAAUAACGUUUGAAGAAGCUAAAGGAACAUAUGACUGUCAAAUUCGCCUUGGCAAUAGAUAUAGAGAUUAUGUACAAAUUUUGCGUUCAGAUCAAAAUAUACCACCAUCUGUUCAAAAUUUAUAUCACGGAAUGUCAGAUGUUCAACCUACAAGUAGAAUAAUAAACUAUCUUUAACGUGAAGGACGAAAGUAAUUGAAUUGUGUUUCUUUUUUUCUGAGACAAAUCUGCUCACUUCAAAUUAAUUUCUGAUGAAUUAAGUUUGUUAAAAUCUUAUACAAAUUUUUGGACGAAAGUAUAUUAUCUGUAAGAAAAAAAAGGCAUAUGCUUUCAGUUUUCAAAUUUCUUACAUUGUUAAAUAUACAGAUAAUAAAAAUUGAAACUUGGAAAAAGUUAUAUACAUAGACUUUUUAUUCAGUUUAGACUACUACACAUAACUUAAAAUAAUGUUUUUGUGUAAAACACAGGGGUUUAUAUUUAUCUGUUUAUCUUUAGGGCCGCCGAAAUAAAAGCUAAACAACAUUUAAAAACACAAUCAUCUAAUGCAACAGCUGCAUAUUUUAAACCACUUGUUGCACCUCGACAUGGUAAAACACGAGGAGCUAAUCUAUAUUCACAACCAAUCCUUGAUGUCUCUGAACACUCAGCACCAUCACCAUGUCUACUCAAUAAUGAAAAUGCAUAUCAACAGCAGCAAGCAGAUACAAAUAAAGAUGAAGAAGGAAGAGCUCCACCAGUCACAACACAAACCAGAGCCAGAUCUCAAUCCAGUCCAAUUCAACAAAUUAAUAGCUCAAUGGUUGAAACAGUAGCAGCAACAACGACCAACUAUCAUCCUUCUCUCAUUCAUCAACCACCUGGAGCAGAAGAUGAGGAAGUUUUGAAUAAUUCGUUCGGAUAUGAAUACAAACAUGAAUCGAACCGAUCUACACCCACAAAUAAUCAACAAAAUUCACCUCCUCCAUCUGUUUCUCAGCCAUCUACUUCUCAACCACCUGCUCAACCAUCAUCAUCUUUACCUUCACAACAAGAACAGCAGCCAUCAAGAUCUUAUUCGGCACCAGCGGCUGUAAAUCGACCAACAACAAACAGAGGAUCAACACUUAGGAGAGUAAUAACCAGAGGGCGUCGAGGAUUGAAUACUCAACAAAGGCGAAAUACAAGUCUUAGUGAUGCUUCUGUCGACCAUCAGCAACAACAACAAACUCGUACAACUAUUACAAAUUUAAUGAGAGACGCUAUUGAGCGUUUCCAUGAUUUUCAGGAAAUGGGACUGAACCUUAUAAUCGUAUAA